AUGAACUCUCCUGCUGACUUGUUUCCCGCUGGUUUGACCCCUGUUCCUGAGGAGGCUACCUUGUCCCCCAUGUCUGCAGAUGAACUAUUCUCUGACUUGAGUGAGCUCAUCCUCUUUCUGGAUGCUGCCCCUGGUUCUGGUUCUCCUCCCAUUGGUAGAGAAGUAGCAACUGCUUCCUCCUGUGUGGCCGUUCUCAAGGCUGAAUUGGGCAACCACACUGAGGCCUUCAGUGCUGCUCAUGUAGCAAACAAUGAGCAAGCAGCUGAUGAUGCACUCUGCAGGAUCGAGUGCACAAGAUUGGCAAUUACUAGCCUUGAAAAGUGCAGCAAGAUGCUUGCCUCUCCUGGUACAAACACAGAGAGAGCUGGCCGUGAAGGAGGGUUGACUCUCAACAGAAGAGAUCUUCCCAAAUGA